UUUAAGACUGCUAGAAAACAUGACCGCUACUAUUCAAAGAUACUUACUUCAAUAUUAUGCCGAAAUUAAGAGGGAGAAAAAUGUGAUAGAUUUAAAUUGUCGAGAAAUACAGUUGGCUAUUACAAGAUUAGAAAACAAACUUCUGAAAGAUGAUCUGUUAAGGAUGGAGAAAGAGGAGUUGGAAAAGCAAGCUAAACCACGGGUGGAUCUUACUGAAGUGGAUGAGUUAAUAAAGAAAGCGAAAAAAGUGUUUUUGUAUGAUGAACAGAAAGACAAAGGUAAAAUUAUAAAUGAAACGAAGAAAACGAAAAAGAAGAACUCAGUGUAUAAUGCAGAACGAAACGAGCAAAGGUUAAAUAGUGGACAGAAAAAACCUAAUGCGCAGAGUCAAGAUGGCGGAAAAGUAGUGACUUGUAGCGAAGUAGAUUUAAAAGCAAGCACGGUUGAAGAAAAGAGCACCCCCUUUUUUGAAACCACUUUUAAAGAAACUUAUUGCCUUAACCGAAAGCUGUGUGAAAAACUAGACAAAACACUGCAAGAUCUUUCACCUUCACAGGAAAGAGACGACGCGAUGGCGGAGUUUAUAAGUUUGCUUAAUGUGAACACUAAUCGCAACAAGGUCAUGCAGAGACGUUUUAAUGAUAUCUCUUUGAAUGACUUAACUCGUACAAAUACUCACGAUAUGUUACUUCACGUUAGCGAUACACGGAAUAUAGCGGAAAGUGUUCUUAGAGUGUAUUCGAAAGACGACACACCCUUUGUUAUUUCAUCACUUGGACCAACUUGUGUUACAAAAGGCGUGGCAGACGUGCUUACGAAUCAUUUCAACCAAAGACAGCGCCAACUUGAAAAUGAUAUUUUACAUCAAUCACAGAAUAACAAAAACGAGCUACUACCCGACCUCACUCAAUCCGAAAGGCAACAAGCUGCAACAUGGCGGCAGAUUUAUUUUAUGUUAUGCGGUGGUAGAAGCUUACCUACGCUGGUGAGAGAACCCGAUGAAUGAGGACUUUGUGAAUUUAUAUUUUGAGUCUGAACUGAAAAAGAAGCCAGAUGAUUAAUGUGUUGGGGAACUUUUUUUCAGUGUCUGAACUAAACAAGACAAAGAUCUUGCCGACAAACUCCAGGAAAGACUCACCUGAGUUACUUUUGAGAUAUAAUCUAGAAAUGUCAUCUUCUAUAGAUGAGCGCUUAUUCGUUUUACAGCAACAUAACUCAGUUCGAAUUGCUUGUAACUUCGAAUGAUUCGGUUGUUGCUAACAAAGUCGACAACAAGUUACAUAUUAAAAAAACGCUCGAAAUCACUCGGUUGUCGCUAAAAAACUGUAUGAUGACUCGCAUAUUACGAACAUGAUCGAAAUGACUAGGUUGUAGCUAGCAAACUCGACAAUCGUUAUCUUCAGCCAAAUUUAUAUUGCUACUAGUGCGCACAUCAAAUGAAGGUUUUCUGAUCACUUUAGGAGUUCUUAUUUUCAAUAGCGACCUUUCUGACUGACAAUGGUUGCAACGAGAACACUCCGAAUGAUUCGCUUGUAGCAAUCAUUUCGUAAAAUAAUUCGAUUAGAUAGGAUGUAGCAUCCUCGUCCCCGGGGCUCUUUGUCAAGGUUGAUGACGUAGGCGGUAAUUCUUUAUUUAUAAACUUAACUUACUUUUUAUUUCAUUGUAUUUCUAAUUUGAUUUUAUAGUUACCAAUUGGCUCAUAUCAUUACCGUAAAUGUUUGA